ACGUAAUUCGUUAUUUAUUUUCGCUCAAUUUUCGAGAUUCUUGGUAAUUAUGAAUUAAUGAAGGUGUAAUAGCUGGUAGUUACGAUAUGGCUGAAUACCGAUCCGGUUCUUAUUGUGUAUCAUCAGGAGUAGGCAGUGACUCUGAAAUUAUGGCAGAAUUAGCAGCAUUUCUCGGUCAGGAAAUUCCUGAGGGAAGGAGCAACCUGGCUGAUAAUCAUAUAAAUUUAGAACGGGUUGCUGAUUACUGUGAAGCAAACUAUUUUCAAGCAGAGAAUAAGAGAAUAGCUUUGGAAGAAACUAAAAACUUUACCACUCAAUCAUUGGCUAGUGUAGCAUAUCAAAUAAAUACUCUUGCCUAUAAUUUUUUACAAUUGCUGGAUUUGCAAACAUCCCAACUUGCAGAAAUGGAAAGUCAAAUGAACCAUAUUGCUCAAACAGUUAUGAUACACAAAGAAAAAGUAGCUAGAAGAGAAAUUGGAGUUUUAACAAAUCCUGAGAAACCAAUUAAAUAUGUGAGGAAAAGUAUUGAUUAUACAAUUCUGGAUGAUAUUGGGCAUGGAGUACGUAGUAGUGGUACUCCCAGAAGCAAACAACGUGGUGGUAGCCAGGGUAGUGUACAGAGUUUAGGUGCAGCCUCCACUGGCUCUGGAUUAGGUGCUGCUAUGGUAGGACCAGCUCCAACAACUAAACCACCUACCCCUCCUCAGACUGUAAGAACUGGAACAUUGAGUAAAGGGUCACGAGAAUAUAGGACACCACCUGCAGUUGCUCCACCUCAGGUUCCGAGUCAUUAUGCUCCUAAUUACCCAUUGGGUCAUCCUAGAAGAGAACGUGGUCCUGGUUAUAGUACCCUACCUUUACAUGCACAUACCACAUCUCAUGCAAGUCACAGUACUAAUCAUAAUGCACAUACAAACACAGCAUCCCAGCAUACUUCACCACCUCAAGUAGGAACAGUUCAUCCAUUGCAAAGUCAUCCACAAACACCACCACCAGCACCUCCUAGUGUAACAGCAGGAUAUGUUCAGGAACAACACAACAGUAUGCCUCCACCACCAUCGCCGUUAGUUGGUAUAAGUGGAAACACGCUAGAUUUUACUAACUAUCACACUUUGUCUGAAAGAUUAUCCCAUCAAGUGAGCCGAAGUAGUGGUGCAAGUAGCCCCCCAUUGCCACCACCACCGCCACCCGAACAAGAAGAGCAUCCACAAUUUGGUAGGCCUACGCAAUCUAGCGGCGCUAUUAUGCCUAUUGUACCGGAUGAGGAGGAUUUACCUGGUUGGGUGCCAAAGAAUUACAUCGAGAAAGUUGUUGCAAUUUAUGAUUAUUAUGCUGACAAGGAGGACGAAUUGAGCUUCCAGGAAAGCUCUGUAAUUUAUGUAUUGAAAAAAAAUGACGAUGGGUGGUGGGAGGGGGUUAUGGAUGGUAUAACCGGCCUGUUCCCCGGAAAUUACGUAGAGCCUUGUGUUUAAUAAGUUUUCCGAUAUUGCAUUUAGAUAUAUCAAAAUUGUGAAUGAUAAUCGUUAUUCACAAAAGACUGCAAAUUUACGGGACAUACCUGAUUUCCCGAUUUUAAUAUCUUGUCUAGUAUUAAUAAUCGUAAGGUAAUGCUAACGUAAAACAGAUCGAUGCAAGUUGAUGAGGAAAGGGUGCGACAAAAUACAAUAUGGAAUACAAUUAAAAACAAAAAAGAAUAAGGAUUGUAAAUUACUGAUUCUUCCAAAAAUCUCAAAUAUCACGCGAAUUUUCUAAAAAUCAAACUAACCAACCUUUGUAUCGAGUAUAUAAGAAAGUGUAUUUUUUGGUAAAUAGUAUUUCCUUCAGUGGGUGUUAUUUUAUCUCGACUCCAAUAGAUCAUAUUUAUAUACAUAGGACGCAUAAGGGCAUGUAAUUAUUAUUCCGCUAUAUAAUCAAUUUGCCGUUAAUUCUAUUUAAUUGUGUCUUAGGCGUAAUCAACGAGAUGUUAGUAAUAGGCUAAUGGAGUAAUCAAAAAAUACCAAACGUCCUGUUAUCGUGUAACGAGAGUUUUA